AUGUAUCUGUUUGGAUUUAAUAAUGGUUCAAAUAAUCAAGGUGAUUUCGGUGCCUUUAAUGGUCCACCACAAAAUAAUAAUGCUCAAUAUGGUCGAAUGGGCAUGAAUAAUAGUGGUUUUGGUAUGAACCCAAUGCAACAAAAUCGACAGUAUGGAGGUAUGAAACGGCCUGGAAAUCAAAUGAAUGAUAAUAUGAUGUCUAAACGUGGUCGUCCUGAUACUGGAUCAUGGGGUUCGAUGGGUAGUGAUGGCAAUGAUGGUCCAAAUAAUAUGAAUAAAGGUGGCUCACAACAAAAUACUCGUGGUAAUUGGUAUCAAGAUCAAGGUUACAGUUCACAGCAACAAUCCAGUUAUAGCUGGAACUGA